UCACAUAGAGAGUACAUACUUUUAGUACAUGGUGUAAGUGUGCCACCAGGGACUCCGGCUGGUCCCUGUAUGUGUUACUGUCAAGCUUUUGUCGUUGUCUUGUGUACAGUAGGUCUAUGUGUCUAAUAAAACUAUAGUUUUAUCCAAAUUGCUCUUUUUGAAGCUCAGAAAAUUAGUAAAGCUUUGUCAACUCUUUAUACCAGAGGCCAAAAGUGGAAUUUGGUGGAAUCCCUUUUUUCUUUUUCUUUCAUUUUCCUCCUCCUUUAAGCCCAUUGUUUAUUUAGCUUUUGCAUGUAUUGAAAACAACCCGAGUGUGACGAUCUGGAUCAGGCAGCAGAGACGUCGUGUUAGACGAGACGCACCGAGAUCAGACGCCUCAGAGCCGAGAUGAAAUCGCUCGUUGUUAUUUUCCUGCUGGCGGUGGGUUGUGGUGUGGCUGAGGAUCUCAUAAGAAAAUAUAUUUUCAUUAACUCUCCAUUAAAGUGGUCUGACGCUCAGUCAUAUUGUAGAAAAAACUACAAAGAUCUGGCCACCAUCACCACCGUGGAGGAAAACGCACGCCUUUAUCAAGCUGGAUCCGUCCCUUCUGGAAGUUGGCCCGGGCUUCGCAGAACAUCAGGCACCUGGAUAUGGUCUGAUGGAGAAAAACUUUCUUUCCCAAACUGGUUUAGUGCCUUGAGUUUUUCUGAAACGUCGCCGUACGACUGUGCGGUCACGAUGACUAACCAUUCAGGAUUCCUGCAGAACUACGACUGGACAAAAGCAAGAAGUUUCUACUGUUAUCAGUUCGUGAUGAAGGAGGGCAAGACCUGGGAGGAGGCUCUGGACUACUGCAGGGUUAAUUACACCGGUUUGGUCUCCAUGACCUCCGAGUCGAGCCUGCAGCAGCUGAAUCUAGAGACGGUGCAGACGCAGACAGACAGCGUGUGGAUCGGUCUGCGCUUCGUGGAUGGACUUUGGCUCUGGGUGAGCGGGGAGCAGCUGGGGAGCCUGGUCUCAAUGCCUUCAUGUCCAGCUCCAGCGUAUCGCUGUGGAGCUCUCAACACCACGACAGACACCUUAAUGAACCGAAACUGCAAUGAACGGCUCGGCUUCAUCUGUGCCUGAAUGUGAUCUUACACAAGUCCACCUCUCCUUCAGGAAGAAUAUAUUCAUCUCACAAUAUAAUCGUUCAUUAUUUUUACUUUUAGCUUUCUUUACUGAUAUUUAAUUGGGUUUUGGGAUCAGGUUCUGAUCGAGGAACUGCAAUUUACUCCAUAUUAA